UCCAUUUUCAGCAGAAAAUGUUGACUGUGUAAAGCAUUAUGGACAAGAUCUAUCCAAGAAUAGAUUAACUGAGGUUCCUAUGGAGUUGUGCCAUUUUGUGUCACUGGAAACACUAAAUCUAUACCACAAUUGUAUUAAAAUUAUACCAGAUGCAAUAGUGAACUUACAAAUGCUAACUUACUUAAAUUUGAGUCGAAACCAGCUUUCUUCUUUGCCAGCUUGCCUAUGUGGUCUUCCUCUAAAAGUCUUAAUUGCAAGUAACAAUAAGCUAGGUUCCCUUCCGGAAGAGAUAGGUCAGCUGAAACAGUUAAUGGAACUGGAUGUCAGUUGUAAUGAAAUCACAGCUUUGCCACAGCAGAUAGGCCAACUGAAAUCUUUGAAAGAACUGAAUAUCAGAAGAAAUUAUCUUGAAGUUUUACCCCAAGAACUAGUACAGCUUCCCUUGGUAAAGUUCGACUUUUCCUGCAAUAAAGUGCUUGUGAUUCCAAUUUGUUUUAGAAAGAUGGUGCAGUUGCAAGUAUUAUUGCUUGAGAACAAUCCUUUGCAGUCUCCACCAGCACAAAUUUGUACAAAGGGUAAGGUGCAUAUAUUCAAAUAUCUGAGUGUACAGGCCUGUCAGAUUAAAUCAGCAGACUCGCUAUAUCUUAAUGCCAUAGAACAACCACAUUUGCCACAACCUGUGGAAGAGAGCAUUGACGACAUCUACCCAAGUAAGAAGGACUCUGAUUCAGGUGUUGGUAGCGAUAAUGGUGAUAAACGUUUGUCAGCAACAGAGCCAUCUGAUGAAGAUACUAUUAGCUUUAAUGUACCAAUGUCAGACAUUAUGGAAGAAGAUCAGUUUGUAAAAGAAGAUUCAGGUCACCAUACUAACUCAAGAAAAGUGGAAUUCCAUCAGGGAUCUUCUCACUUGAUUAUCAAUCAUAAGUCAAGAGAAAAAGGAAACCAGUUUGCUAAUGAAUCGGAUACGCUUACUACUGAAUUUAUGAGUUACAUUAAGAGCAGAGCAGCAGAGUGUGAUGAAUUAUUGAGAAUAGAAGAGGACGCACAAUGGCAAACAGAGGAAAUAAUACAUUUGCCAGAAGAACAAACGAUUGAUAUAGCAAUGAUAGAACAACUAAGAGAAGCAGUAGAUUUAUUACAAGACCCCAGCAGUCAAAUGCAGAUGGAGAUGUCCUCCCUUGGUCAGAAAGAAAAUGCUGAGGAGGAACUGGAAUUUCAGAAGAGGAGGGAAUUGAUUAUGGAGAAAGCCAAGACUGAAGCCAGAAUAUGCGAACAGGGUGAAAACUGGUCAUUGAGUCAGAAUGAUGUAAUUGUGUGGAAUACAAGUGGGCAAAGCUCUCACGAUGAGAACAAGGAUAAAAGUCCGACAAUGUCUCCUACUGCAAACAACACGAUCCCUUUUGGCCUGAAGCCACGAUCAGCAGACCCAUCCCUCACUCUUCCUCCUAUCUCCUUCAACACACUUACGCAGGCACAAACAUGGGACAGCUAUAGCUACAGUAUCCCAUCUGAAGGAGACAGUGACAAUGUGUUCUUAAGACCACAGAGAAAUUUGGAGUCAAUAGACCCACAAUUUACAAUUCGAAGGAAAAUGGAGCAGAUGAGAGAAGAGAGAGAGCUUGUGGAACAGCUACGUGAGAACAUAGAAACAAGACUAAAGAUUUGUUUGCCUGAAGACUUGGGAUCUGCUCUGAUGGAUGGUGUAGUUCUUUGCCAUUUAGUAAAUCACGUUCGUCCUCGUUCUGUAGGAAGUAUUCAUGUACCAUCACCAGCAGUACCUAAACUCAGCAUGGCCAAAUGCAGGAGAAAUGUGGAAAACUUUCUGGAUGCAUGUAGGAAACUGGGGAUACCAGAGGAGAAGCUCUGCCUACCACAUCACAUCCUAGAAGAAAAGGGCUUGGUAAAAGUGAGCAUAACAGUUCAAGCAUUACUAGAUGUAACCACAGUGAAACAAGCUUUAUUCACAUGAAACUACUAUCUCUGCUGUAACCAGCUCCACUGUGCCAUCAAAGAAUCAAAAAUACUGCCCAUCUUUUCAAACUGCAAAAAAACAGUACUUCGAGAGUAUUCUUAUACUUCUGGUUUUAAAACCAUCUUUCGGACUGUAAAGGCAUGUCGAACUACAAACCAGAAAUUAAACAGGAAUAUUUUAUAGAGCAAACUGGCGCUUCACUGCUUUUAUAGGUCACUUUGUACAGUACUUACUAAAACAGCCACCUCUCUACCACUUAAAAAUGUGGGGAGUACAGCUGUCUUGCAGCAAGAUACCUUCAUAUGAUUAAACUAGGAAUCAUUGUAAUCAUUUUAGGGGGGGGGAAGGAGAGUAAAUCAAACUUCUACCAUGUUAGAUUUUUCUGCAGUUGCUUCGGGCCAUUGCCUUUUAAAAAUAUCCAUACAUAAAAUAUUUAUAUAAAUAUUAUUUAUUAGUGAGUUGUUAUUCAUCCUUUGGAUGAAAAAUGUAAAUUAGGAAACUGUAUUUUAUUACUGCUUUUUUGUGGUUAAACACUUUAUUUUAAUAUAAAUACUUAGUUAUUUUUUAUUCUACUUGGUGUGCAGUAGCUCUAGAUCUCCGUAAAUCAUAUUUUCUAAUAUCUAAGAUAAAAAGUAAACAAAAUAGGUGCUUUUACUAAAAGAACAGCUAGCUGGGAUGGUAUUUUUUAUUUUUGGAUUUGUGGAACAUUGGUAAAAAUUUGUCUGCAUUCCACUUAGUUUCCUACAUUCCAGUAGCACUUUUCCCUCCAUUAGGCUAAAUUGGCUGAAACUGAGAGCACACCCAUUUUAUUUGUAUAUAGGUGUUUAAAAAAAGAAAAGACAUAAACUUGAAAAAAAUAAAUGUGAACAAAUAUUUUUGAUUGAUACUUAUUUUGCUAUGCACAAGACAUUAAACUUUUGCCACAGCAAAAUGAAUGAUGUGCAUUAGGAUCACGUGUCUUGAAAUAUAAUUUUGCACUGUAACUUGAUUUUCUUUAAAGACUACAGCACUACAGAACAAAUAAUGAAAAAAUAGCACAAGAACAGUAAUAAGAAAUUUUACCAGGUAGCCAAAAAAAUUGAAUUUUUUUCUUCAGUGAUUUCUUCAGGAAGAGCGAAAAUUAUUAAAAUUGCUAAAAGCAGUCUUAAAGACCUGAUCUUCCAGAUACUACCUGCUGGCUGCAGUGCUUCUCCUUGCAGUCUCCAUCAUUCACUUGAGUUCAGCCGUUUGUCACUGAAUUAAGGACAAUGUUCUGUAGUGAAUGUUUGCAGGAUCAGACCUCUAAUCCCAAAUCAGCAAUAGGAAAUAAGGUUCUUUUUCUUAUUAUUACUUUAAACUUUUGAAGAGAUUUUUAAAAGCAUAAUUUAUUAUUAUAACAUCACAUACGUUUUAGAUCAAAAAGUUCCAGCACAGUGAUUAUCACAGUGUCUGGAACAUCCCUUUUUCUUUUGUGAAAAGCUAGUGAUGUAACUUCAGCAAACGGGACAGGAAAGUUGCAUGUGGUGAAAAGGCUAGCUGUUAGGGGUCCAUGUUGCAUAUAAGCACGGAGAGUUUGCAAUGCAUUAUGACAAAAGUGAGGCAACGCGGUGGGAGAAUUAAAUAGCAAGAGAAUGUGGAGAAAACUAUUGUAUAAAGACUUUUUUGAAAGAAUGAUGCAUACUUGUCACUGCCGCAUAUCUAGGCGGAGUUAUGCGCAUGUUCACGCAGACACUGCGUUUAAAAACACCAGUAUUCCAAUAGCAAAUCUGUAAUUUUUCAUAGAGCAUUUGAAUGCGGACUACGCGUUUUAACAUCACCGAUUGCCAAUGUACUGGUAUGUAUUGAGAGCACCUUCUUAGGAGGAGAAAAGUCGUCUCGUGGACGAUGAGACAUACAGUAUGCAUAGAAUAGCCAGUUACUUCAACCAAAGCAAAAGCUUUUGUUCUGUAGAGGGAACAUUGACUUAAAUUGUAAUUUUUGAUUGGCAGCUAGUAUAUUCUUUCCUAUAAAAUGUACUGUGCACUUUAACACUAAAUUAAAAUGUAUUUUAAUAUUUUACAGAGCUGCACAAAUAUCUGUUUUGUCAAAAAGCACGAACAAUGUAAAGAAAAUACAUUUUCAACUCAGAGUUUAUCAAAUUUUAAAAGCAUUCAAAGAUUGAGUAUAAAAAUAGGAAUAUUGAUUUCUGCAUCUUGAGGGAUAAAAUGCAGGUUUCCUGAGUAUUUUUUUACAAUGUAUAUAUGGCAACAUGAAGCUUUGUAAUUAUUAUUUUGACAAAUCUUGUUUUUUCAUAAUUAAAUUUUUUUUUUUUCUCCUGAGUGUCUUUCAGUAAUUGCUUCACGUUGGCUGUAAAUAGCUCUAAAUAUUUUGUAAUACAGCUUUUUUUAUGCAGUCUUAACCUGUACGGCUGAAAACAGAAUCUUCAUGAAUCUUUGUACACUAUUUAUAUGUGCAAUAAAACAUGCAUGGCAAACCUAUAAUACCAUAAGCAGUGAACAUAAUGUAUAUAGAAAAUCUUUACUGUAGUUACAAUUAAACUAUAUUAUUUGUA